CCACCUUCUCGUGUUAAAUGUUAAUAGUAUCAGUCCUAUCCUCAAUGACCUCAGAUUCAGCAAUGUAUUUGGGGUUCUCAAAACCCUAACACUUUUCCUCCCUCUUCUCUCUCACUCAUCCUCCUUCAUAACACCAUUUUUAUACUCUGCUACUACUGGUCACAUAAUGAUCAUAAAUGGAUGCGGUAUGAAUUAUAGAGCAUAUAAGCCUCUGUCUUGUAAUUCGUCCUGGCCAAGGCCUGCUCCUUUGCCUGCAAAAUCUGCAUUAACCAAUAUCAGAGGUCUGUUUCAGUCAUGUGAGGGGUUCAAAUUGCAUCGUCUUACAGGUGUUUCGUUGUCCUCUCAUCUUUCAGCUUCUUCUACUCCUCUUUUGGGUGGAGAACAUGGUGGUUUACAAAAUACCAUCCCUCUUAUACCUAAAAGGAGGUUACAAUCUAUGGCACCUCGAGCAGCAAAAGAUGUUCCUUAUAGUUUUCGCUUCCCUCCAAUGACAAAGAAGCCACGAUGGUGGUGGAGAACCCUGGCGUGUCUUCCUUAUCUGAUGCCUUUGCAUGAGACCUGGAUGUAUGCAGAAACUGCCUAUCAUCUUCAUCCGUUUCUCGAGGACCUCGAGUUUCUGACAUACCCUUUUCUGGGAGCCAUUGGGAGCUUGCCAGCUUGGUUUUUCAUGGCGUACUUCUUUAUUGCUUACCUAGGGGUCGUGAGGAAAAAGGAGUGGCCCCACUUCUUCAGGUUUCAUGUUGUGAUGGGAAUGUUGCUCGAGAUCGCAUUGCAGGUAACUGGAACUGUAAGCCGUUGGAUGCCUCUUGCUGUAUACUGGGGUAAGUUUGGCAUGCACUUCUGGGCAGCUGUGGCGUUUGGUUACCUGUUCACUGUGCUAGAGUGUAUUAGAUGCGCUCUUGCUGGGAUGUAUGCUGAUGUUCCCUUUGUAUGUGAUGCUGCAUACAUCCAAAUUCCCUAUGAUUAAUAGUUGUACUGUAGAAAUCUGUUUCGCAAAUAUGGAACAUUACUUCAGCAGCUUGUGCAGAGAAUUUUUCAUGAAAGAGAGUAAACACCCGUCUGUUUAGGUGUUAUAUUUUGUUAUUUCCUGUUACUGUGCUGUCGAAUUUGAUUUUGUAGAAUGCUGAAAGGCUGUAAUUUUCUACCCAAAACAGGGCCAUAUUGUAGGUUUAGUUUGCAGUCAGCCUCAAA